AUGGACUUCGAGCAUCGCAUCAAAGCCUAUCGUUUCGUCGCCUACUCCACAGUCGCCUUCUCAGUGGUGGCUGUCCUGUCAGUCUGUGUCACACUGCCAAUCCUUCACAGCUACGUCCACCAUGUAAGAAGAACCAUGCACAAUGAGCUAAAUACGUGUGCGGAAUCAGCCAAGGACAUUUGGAGCGAAGUAAGACAUCUCAGGAACAUCAAAGCCUCGAACAGGACUACUCGUCAGGUCUUAUACGGUGAUGCUGGAAUCGUUCAAGUACCUCCGAGUGUAAAAACUCAUGAAGGAUACGUUGAAACUAAUGGCAACAUUAAUGCCAAUAAUCACGGCAAUAACCAAGGCGGUAGUCGAUGCGAAGCUUGCUGCCUCCCAGGAGCCGCUGGACCCGCUGGAACUCCCGGUCAGCCCGGUCGCCCAGGAAAACCCGGAGCACCUGGUCUGCCAGGAAACCCAGGACGCCCACCACAGCAGCCAUGUGACCCUGACCCUCGUGGUCCACCAGGACCUAAGGGACCACCUGGAGACGCUGGACGCAAUGGACAACCUGGAGCUCCAGGAAAUGCCGCUCAGCCUGGACCUCCUGGACCCAAGGGACGUCCUGGACCCAAUGGAAAUCCUGGACACCCUGGUGCUCCAGGACAGGCUGGAAUUCCUGCUGUUUCAACGCCCCUCAUUCCUGGUCCACCUGGACCACCUGGAUAUCCUGGUCCUCAGGGACCUCCAGGACCCAAUGGACAGCCUGGUCAACCCGGUCGUAGUGGACAACCAGGACCCAAAGGAAACAGAGGAGCUGACGGGCAACCUGGGGCCGACGGAUACCCGGGUAAUCCUGGACAACCCGGUCCACCUGGUGCUGCUGGAGAGCACGGUAUCUGCCCCAAGUACUGCGCCCUUGACGGCGGAAUUUUCUUUGCAGAUGGAACUCACCGGUAA